AUGUUGCUUCAAUUGUUACGAGGAAAGGUACGCCUUGCACCGUUGACCCGUUACGGCGGCCCAAAUAGACUUCAUCUUUUAAUUGGAGGUAUUGGAAUUGCCAUGGUGACUACAGGAGCUGUAAUGUCAAAAUCUCACGCCAUAGGGAGAAAGGCAAAAAUGAUUCUCAUGACAUGGUUCGAACUUUCUUUUUCCCAUUUUACAGACAUGUUUUUUUCGGGGGGUUCAGAGGUUUUUUUCAUCUUGUGGAUUUUUAUCUAAUGUAUUAUUAUUCAAUGGAUUAUCAAGAAAUAUUUUGAAUGAUAGUAGUUAUCAUAGUAGCCAAGAUAGUGAUUAUAUAUAUAUGAUAGUCAGGAAAAUGAUAGCUGUAGUGAUGAUAGUUAUGAUAGUAGCUUUAGAGAUGAUGGUGAACUGGAUGAUGACACUUUUUACUUUUAUGAUCAGGGUAAUAUAAGACAUUUAACAGACAGUAAUAUAUUAGAAGCAGAAGAGAAAUUACGUAAUAUAAAAGGAUAAAGGAUAAAACCCUAAUAAUAUUUAAACAUAUAAUAUCUAUGUAAUGUUAUAAUAUAAUGUACUAUAAUAAAAUAAUUCAUGAUGAAUCGAAUAAAGUAAUGUUUCCCUUAUGUUAUAAGCAAAUCAAGGAACGAUCAAUUAUAGUAGAAAAACGUUAAUUAUCCAGUUAUGAUAAUUAACAUAAAAUAGUAAGAAAAUCAAUAUACUCCAGAAAAAUACUACCUUGAUAGGGUAAUCUUCAACUUAACGAAAACGUGUGACAUAAUGAUAACCAAAAAUAAUAAAAAUAAGAUUAUAGCAGUCUCUGAAAAGAUAAACAAAGUAUUACCAUAGAUUAAUGGUGAUAGAAAACGGAUGAUUAAUAUCAAACCAUUUACCACUUGUGUCUUCAAUAUUAACAAAAUUGAUAUUUGAACUAACACCGGAAGGAUUCAGAUGUACGUUAUUGGGUGGACCUUUGUAUCCAUCUUUGAAAUGGAUUUCAUAAAGACAAGAUACAUUGAAAGUAAUAUUCUCAUGAAUUGCGUUAAAAGAAAAAUGCGCACUAUUUGAAAUUAAAACAUUAGCUCCACUUGUAACUGGUCCUACUGUAAUAUUGUUGUUAUAUGAAAGGUUUUUGUAAUAAUAAUAAUAAACACUUUCAGGUUUAUCAUCCACGACUUUCUUCCCACAACCUGUGAUCACAUGGUACAAAAAUGGACACCUGAUAGAAAAGGAGAGGAAGUACUUUGGAGAAAGGAGUCUAAACUUAAAGAAAAUUCAAUUCCAGGACCGAACUAACCAAAUGGCAAACGUUAUGAGAGUGAUAUGGGUCAUCGUUAAAGUUGUUGGUAAGUAUGGAGUUAAAAAACGUACAAACAAACUGAUAAAUCACCUUGAGUAAAACAACAGUGUCCAAAACAUUCCAAUCUAGUAUUUCAAUGGUUACUUUUUUUCUAAUUCGAUCUGUUAAGUGAAUCCUUACAUUGUAUCCAGUCCUCCCAAUGAAAUUCAAGUUCAGCAUGUUAGUGAUACUGUGAAAUUAAACUGUUCAGCCGGUGGCUCGCCUCUACCUAAAAUC